CGGUUGCAUGACGGUUCACGGAAGGAAGGAAAGGGAAAGCAAUUCACCGGUAGCUAAGAAGCGAUCCCCACCAGCCCAUCUUUUUUUUUAACUAUAUGGGUGUUCUUAUGUAGGACUAAUAAUUCAUCUCUGACUUCAUAAAUCCGCUAUCUGUCCUAUUACAUCCACAAACAACACAAGCAUGGAUAAGGGGAGUGCGUCACUGCUGCCCGGCGUGUGCGCACUCUUAGCGGACUCCGGCAAGCCUCUUCCCGAUGACACGAGCCUGGAGAAACUUCUGGACCGACUCACCGAACUCUCUGAGGCCGGCGUAUCACUUCCGGAGAGUUGCCCGUGUCUGCUUGACUUCGUCUCUACCAUGGCCUCCAACUCGACUUCCGAUCCCAGCAUCCUCUCCUUCGCCCUCAAACUCAGCGGCCUGGUGUCGUCCAACGAGGACGGCUACGGAGCCUUGCAGGAGCGCUCGGCUCUGGAGGUCAUCUUUCGCGUUGAGCGCUGGAAGGACGCUGGGCUGUGGGAUGAUCCCUGCGUCCGAAUUGGCUGGAUUCACGGCUUCAAGAGAAUGCUGCUGCACCCGAAGGCGCUCGCUUUCUUCGUGCAGUCAGAUUUCAUCAAGCCACUCCUGCAGCUCCAGUCAGAUCCAAGCAUGUUUGUUGCUUCCGCCGCCAACCAGUUGCUGGCCCACAUCCUGCUCUCCAUUCAGCCGGAAGAAGAAGAGCGUGCAAGUCGCAAAACCAGCACAGAACACAGAGCUGUUGUCCUGCAAACAUCAGACCACAUACAGGAGUCACUGGCACCGAAAGAAGGCGCGCUACUAGCUGGUAGUCUGCAGGUCCUCAAGUUGCUGGCCCUGAUCCUGGACCAGGCCCGGCGUCCUCUACGGGACCAGCUGCUCAAGGCAGUCGCUGCCUCCCUCGAGGCGCUGGUUGAGGCGAGAUACAGUCAGCUGACACCGGCUCUAAUGGAUGUCAUUAUGGCCGCAUACAGCCCUGACAGUGACGACGACGUCACCGGGCGUCUUCUGUCGUCCAUGUUGAACGGCAACAAAGCCGCCGACCUCGUGCACGCUGCGGCUGCGUUUCUCCAGCGAGGUCGUUUACGUGACGCUGUCGACACGAGCCGGGCAGUGAGAAUCCUCCUGCUGCCCCUGCACUUUGUCACUGAGCACCCCUUGCUAGGAACAGGUAUGAACUGCACGUCGAAAAUCAAAUGACAAAUGUAAUGUUUGUCUUUUUGUUGUUUGAAAAUAUCUUCAGCCCCUGCAACAGACAACCAUCACGUAAUAAUGGCGACGCAACUGAAGAAUAAAAGCACGUUCAUCUCCAUGAUCUGUGUCUGUCUGAGAAACGCCCCCCAGGUGGCACUUAUGCCUUCUGAUGUCCUCCCAUGUCCGCCGGCUGAGAUUGUCCUCUCAGUUGUUACAUUGCUAAGAAUGUGCAGUGGCGACACUCCCUCCUUCUCCUCCUCCUCCUCCUCAUCAUCAUCAUCCUUGCGCAAUGGCUGCCGUAGUGAGGCCUUCCGGUGUAUCGUCAGCAGUAGCAAAGUUCAGAAAUCCGCUUUGGAGGCUUUGGCUUCCCUCAGGGGCAGCCCAGGGGCUAACAACACAAUGAAAGAAGUCGUGGACGUCCUGGUACAAUAUAUGCGUAACCCCGAUUCAGACCCCACUGUACUGCAAAAGUCUUACAAGGCCUUAGUGCAGUGGAUGAGUGUUUGCACAGACCGCUCAUCUAUUCCACAGCAACUCAGAGAAGAUCUCCUAACGGCAGUGGAGAAGCGUGCAUGCGAUCCACGCUGGGAGGUGAGAGACUCCACCGUAGAGUUUUUGGGGCAGCUUCCCUGCGUCCCCUCCCUGAAAUCAGCUGACGAGGCUUUGCUGAGCGAGCGCCGUACCGCCCCACUGCUCCGAGAGGCGCUGCAGGAUCCGGAGAGCUACGUGAGAGCCAGCGCUGUCUCAGCACUGGCGCGGGGUCUCGUGCCCAGCAGGCAGCAGGGAACAGAGUUGCCUCAGGAACAGGCUGACACCGUGAGCCGCCUGUUGGACAUUCUUCGUGAGGACACGGAGGGUUUCGCCAGGCGAGCUGUGGUCCGCUACUUCAUGGCCUGGUUCUCCUCUUGCUCCUUACCUCCUUCAUCGCCCCCCUUGCUUCUCGUGGAGUCAGUGCGCACCGUCCUCUCGCACGGGAGCUCGGAUCUGGACUGGGAGGUGAAGGUGAACACGCUGGAGUUGGCGGAACUCCUGCUGCACGCCGCCUUCUCGGAUCACGGGAGACGCACGGGUGCCGGUCGUCAUCCUUACGCAACCCUUGACAUGCACCCUCAUGGACAGGCGCAGUCCGCGGAUGCCGCUUUAGACUCGACCUUGAGUUCUUUAGUGGAUCAAUGUGUGUUCUCCGCGUUGCUGAGCAGCCUGGUGGACUGCGACCGACCCGUUGCGCUGAAGGCUUGUGAACUCCUCAUAACAAUCAGAGACACAAUCUACCUGGCGGGUGCCUCGACGAGCGACGUGUCCUGCGACCUGCCGCGACGGGGCUGGGGGACGGAGAUCAGGAAGAUGCUGAAGAGCGAGGGAGAUGAAGGCGAGCGCGUAGGCGUGCGCGAGGUCUUGACGUCACUGGGCUUAGAUGACCGCCGGGUUCUUCUAAGCCAGAGCAGUGACCACGUUCACAACUCCUUCCAGUCUCUGCUGCAGGACAUCCUGAGCGCAGGAGUCACUCUCGGGGGCACCGACGAGGACGACGUUCAAGAAGUCAUAGUGGACUGUUACUAACUCACAUUUACACGACUCGCAGAGGGUUCAGGGAUCCGCACCGUAACGAGGACAAGCGCUCGAGAAAUUGGAUGGACCGUUGUCAUUUUUGUACAUUUUGUUCAGAGCCAGUUAUAUUUAGCCAAGCAAGAAAUACUUUUUUUUUUUUGUUAAAUGUCACGUUAAAUAUUAAACAAUAGUCUUAAAUAUUUUGGUACUGUCGUAUUCAUAUUGUUUUACAUUUUUUGUGCCAUUAAAGUGUUAGCAAGUCACAUUAUCAGCAACCCUUUUCCAGCAUAAAAUGAAUUUAUGAAGACGUCAGUGUUACAUAAUGAUACAUAAUUAAAUGCCAACCUGGGGAUUUGUGUCCUCUAUUGGAUAGCAGGAAGCAAUGUUUUUAUUCAUAGACACACAAGUCUUUAUUCAUAAAUAUUCACAGAAUUUUUUUGUCAAAUUAACAAAUGGAUUCUGUUAUUAUUAUUCCAUGCAUCCAUCCAUCCAUUUUCUGAGCCGCUUCUCCUCACGAGGGUCGUGGGCGUGCCGUAUCCUAUCCCAGCUAUCAUCGGGCAGGAGGCGGGGUACACCCUGAACUGGUUGCCGGCCAAUCGCAGGGCACACAUAAACGAACAACCAUUCGCACUCACAUUCACACCUACGGGUCAAUUUUUAGAGUCUUCAAUAGUAAUUUAAUGACAUAUCGAUCACCUUUUUAAUUGAAUGUCAUGUUGUUUGCUUAUGUAUCCACAUUGAGAUAUUUUACAUUAUUCCCCCCCCCCCCCCCCCGCCCUCCUUCCACACAUCUUGACCUAUCCAAACCAUUGCAAUUCUCACAGUCUACAUUUAAACAUGAAUUCCACAAUUCAGUUCAGCUUUUCAGCAUUCACACGGAAUUUUGACACCAAAUUUCUAGGUUUUUUUUGUUUGUUUUGUUUUGCUUUUUAAUAUUAGAGUUUUAUUUGACUAUAUCAUGAUGCAUUUAUUUGUUUUUACCUUUCAUUUGCUGACGCAUUUUAUUUCAAGCCCCAAUGCCUCCACAACGUGUGAUGUGUGUGGACAUGAGGUGGAGUCAGAUGAGGCAGUCGCUGCAUUCACGUGUUCACGCACACAAAUGACAAACUCAGUCACAUGGAGGAACAGACACACACGUAGAGAAACUCUCCUCAUUAACUAAUGAGCGACUACACACACACACACACGCGCGCACUGAUUAUCAUCACUGCUGUCGUCUCUUGUCAUCGAUGAAGUGAAGCGUGCCGCUGGUGGCUCGACUUUCCUCUCCUGACUCCAA